AAACCCACAAUGAAUGAAACAGAGCAAAAACCCCAUACUCCUCUGUUUUUUCCUUUGCAAUGGCAUCCAAUGCAAGAUUCUUUUUCUUCUUGCUCUUAGUCCUUUCUUUUUGUCUUCAAACCCAUGCUAGAGAUACCAAAUUAUUUAGCAAAGUGACCAAAAAUACUAAGGAACACAAAGAAUCCAUUAGCGUAUCUCCUGCACAAGCACCAACACUAGCUCCAGCACCAUCCCCGGAAUCCGAAUUCAUCGAACACGGGUAUGGUCUUUACCAGAACUAUGAAUACCCUCCUACCACCACAAACCCAACCAACACCGGCAAAUUUGGCAAAGAAAAGUAUGUUCCUGCUCAAGAGCUAAGCAAGAACAACUUUAAUGAGUUUGAGAUGGCAUAUUCCAAUAACAAUUUCCAUGAUAAUGGUAAUGGAAAUGGGAAUACCAAUACGAAAGAGUAUGUUAAUGAGAAGCACGGAAUGAGCGAUACUCGAUUUAUGGAGAAUGGGAAUAAGUACUAUUAUGAUGUUAACCAGGAUGUUAAGGAUGAGAAUAGGAAUGAGUAUGUGAGCGAGAGGCAGGGGUUAAGUGACACUAGGUUUUUGGAGAAUGGGAAGUACUAUUAUGAUAUUAGUGAAGAAACAGCAGAGAAGGAAAGAAAUGGUCAUUUCCACAUUAUCAACAAUGCAAAUGGGGAUGAAUAUGAGAAUUUACGAGACGAGAGCGAUACUCGAUUUAUGGAGAAUGGGAAAGACUUUGAUGAUACCAACGAGGAGGAAGAAGCAGCAGCUAAGUUUGGCAAAAAUGGUCAUUUUGAUGCUAACAACUAUGAGCAUGAGAAUGAAAACAAGUACAACUUCAACAAUAAUAACGUUGAAUAUGCUGAUAGUUACUAUGGAAGUGGGAAAGGGAAUGGAAAUGGAAACAAAGGGUAUGAUUACAAAGGAAAUGAGUAUCAUGUGAGACAAGGAAGUGGAAAUAAUAAUUAUAGAAGCCCAAAGAAGUUUCCUAAUGAGUACGACACUAUGGAAGAGUAUGAUAGGGAACAAGGGUACAUUGAAGGUAAAGAUGAGUAUGUACCAUGAUUAUAGAUGAUUGAUGUCCAAGUAAAAAAAUUAUAGUUGGGGAAGAAGGAUAAAGGUUUAAUAGAUUUUGUUAUACUUUGAAUUUGUUGUUAAGUUAUCAUGAUGUAUGUGGCAUCUCCGGCAAUUUUGGCUUUGAGUUAUUUAUUGUAAAAGCUAAAAUUAGCCAUAGUUUAUGUAUUUUACCUAUGUGGCAAAUGCAAGUUUGGAAAGAAAUUUUCCAUCAUGUUUUUAUUGAAGGGAACCUUCAUAUUUUAUGAAAUGAUCCUAAAAAAUUAGUUAGUGUUUA